AUGGAGAACGUUCCAGAAUCUUCAUCCAAAGGAACCAAACGCCGGCGAGCUGAGAGUUCCGAUGCCGGAAACACCUCAUCAUCAUCACUCGAAAACGAUCUUACAUUCACUGAUACGCUUAUUGCGCUUCGAAUCAUGCGAGCUCAAUUUCCCCAAAUUCUCAAUGUUUCGGUUGAACCGUUUAUAUUGAAGUCGCAAUUGUAUAGCAGUGUGAAGGACAGAACACAAGUGGAUAGAGAAUUAGAGUGUCUUCGGAGGGAUAAAGUGCUUCGCCUUUUUAAGUUAAAUACUGGACAAGAUGAUCAUGCUGUAAUGUUUUUGGAUGAUUACCUCAAACAGAUAGAUCGGGUUUUUAAAAGAAUGGAAGGAAAGACAGGAGCAGGGUUUGAAGUUUUUGAGUGGUUCAAAACUCAUGUCCUAGAUUCAAAGCUGGAAACUGGCAUUGAACAUCAGGAGCUUUGCUCACUUUUGUCACUUGGGGGAAAAGUAAAGGAUAGUCACAUCUCCCUUCUAAUUAAUGCAGGUGUCCUUACUAGGCAACUUAUUGAUCCAAGCAUGUAUUGGAUAGCAAUUCCAAAUAUUGGCUCACUUCUUAAGGGUCUUGUUCAGCGAUACAAGACUUCCUAUCCUAAAUAA